AAGGUUUUGUCUGAUAUCAACCAGCAGGGACGAGCAGCUAUUAACGUUAGCAGGCUACAAUGUUGCUUGGCUUGAUACCGAGCCGCUGGCUGCUGUCUCACCGGCACCGCCUCCUCCAGUGUCGCAACAUCAAGUCAGAAAACACCGCAAGAAGUGCUGCUUUGGACAGCGUGCUCUCUGCGUUCAGGUCUAUAUGUGGUGAGGACAGCGUGUCAUUGGGUGAAGCUGUCAGAGAGCAACAUGGCAAAGAUGAGUCUGUACACAGAUGCUGUCCCCCAGAUGUGGUGGUGUUUCCUCAUUGUGUGGAGGAGGUCAGCGCCCUGGCUAAGGUCUGCCACAACCACCGCCUUCCCAUCAUCCCCUUUGGCACUGGAACUGGCCUGGAGGGAGGGGUCGGUGCUGUGGAGGGUGGUGUGUGCUUCAGCCUGAGGAACAUGGACCAGGUUCUGGAUCUCCACCAGGAGGACUUUGACGUGACGGUGGAGCCUGGUGUGACUCGGAAGGCCCUCAACGCCUACCUGCGAGACACCGGCCUAUGGUUUCCUGUUGAUCCUGGUGCUGAUGCGUCUCUUUGUGGCAUGGCCGCCACCAGUGCCUCUGGUACCAAUGCAGUGCGUUACGGAACGAUGAGGGAAAACGUUCUAAAUCUGGAGGUGGUUCUGGCUGACGGGACAAUCAUACACACGGCUGGGAAGGGCCGACGCCCCAGGAAGACAUCAGCAGGCUACAACCUGACAAACCUGUUUGUGGGGUCAGAGGGUACCCUGGGGAUCAUCACCAAAACUACAUUGCGCCUGUACGGCAUCCCAGAGGCCAUGGUGUCAGCCGUCUGCUCUUUCCCCUCCGUCCAGGCUGCUGUGGAUAGCACAGUUCAGAUUCUACAAGCGGGAGUGCCCAUUGCUCGCAUCGAGUUUCUGGAUGAUGUGAUGAUUGAUGCGUGCAACAGGUUCAGCUCUCUGUCCUACCCUGUGACCCCGACGCUGUUCCUGGAGUUCCACGGCUCUGAGCGAAGCCUCGAGGAACAGGUCAACACAACUGAGGACAUCACUCAAAGUAAUGGUGGAUCAGAUUUUCAGUGGGCUAGAGAUACAGAAACACGGAACCGUCUGUGGAAAGCUCGCCAUGAUGCCUGGUACGCUGCUUUGGCUCUCAGACCUGGCUGCAAGGCCUACGCUACAGAUGUGUGUGUCCCUCUGUCUCGACUGCCUCAGAUCAUAGUGGAGACAAAGGAGGACCUGAUUGAGAACAGACUUACAGGUCCCAUAGCUGGUCAUGUGGGUGAUGGUAACUUUCACUGUCUGAUGGUGGUGGACCCCAGUGACCCAGAGGAGCUGCACAGGGUCCACCUGUUCACAGAGAGACUGGCCAGGCGAGCCCUGGCCAUGGACGGGACCUGUACAGGGGAGCACGGAGUGGGUUUAGGGAAGAGAGCACUGCUGCGUGAGGAGAUGGGACACAUGGCUAUCCAGGUCAUGCAGAGUCUCAAGGAUGCCCUCGACCCAAAGAACCUGAUGAAUCCUAGGAAAAUUCUGCAGCCUAGAGAACUAUAAAACGUAUUUGAGUCUGAAGGAAAGUCACUAAAUAGAGAGUCUCAUCACAAUCUGCUCACUGUUAAUGGCUUAAUCAGACUGAAUGUCAGAAUGAAAUGGCUUUUUUAAUGUAUUGCAUAUAAAGUGUUUCCUGUUACCAGACAGGGAUAACUCAAAAGUCAAAAUAAAAACAUAUCAAAUGGAAGAAACUUUUAUUUUGAAGGGGUUGUCGUGUGUUAAAAUGGAGAUUGUUUUGCCAACUGACCUCAUAGCCAAAUACAAAGCCUAUUUCUUUAAAGCAGUGGUUCCCAAACUGACCCCCCUGACUUAUUAUGACAAUGAACCCAAACAAUGAACGCAAUAACUGCAGGACAUUUGUGUAAAACAAGCAAUUUUGAGGAAUUGUGAACAGAUUAUUUCCUGUCGAUAUUACAGCAGAGAUAGGUUUUCCUUAUGCACUGCAUACACACUUCUUUAGGCUUCUUUUUUUGUUUGACAAAUUUAGUGUUUUCUUCUCUCUGACACUUGGCCAUUGUUCUAUGAGCUCUUUGAUUGUGUGACUAAGAUAUAGGCCUACUACAGUGUAUAUUUGUAAGUUAUCUUACACCCCUUAAAAUUUAGAAGGCUUCAUCACCCCCUGUGAAGCUUUGGCGACCCCCAGGUUGGGAACCACUGCUUUAAACAAUCAGUAAUUGAAUCCUUUGCCAAUGACUGAUUUUGCGCUUUUUAAAGAAAAGUUUUGUUUUGAAAAUUGAUUAUUGUGUUGAAUCUCAAUCUUUUGUUGCUUUUGUUUCUGCACAUCUUGAUAACUAUUUGAUAUCCAGCACAAAAUGCUAAUUCUUUGGCCGAUUUGUUACUUUUCCCUGAUUGUAAAUUGAAUAUCUUUGGGUGUUUGGACAGAUGAAACAAACAAUUUGAAGAUUAAAACAAUUAAAAGAUUAACGGAAAAUAAUAAUCAUUAGUUGGUGCCUUGGUAUAUGAAUGUAACGUGUGACAUAUAGUAUUUAGAGAUUUGAAAACUAUGACAUACUGUCGAAUAACUACAUGACACAUACUGCAUGUGACACAAUCUGCAUGAAAGCCCCCAGUAGCAGAGAAAAAAAUAAAGAAUAUUUCUGGAUGGUUGUGAGACA